GCUCGCUUCAUUCAGUAACAGUCGAACCCUCGAGGCCGGCGUGACCUACUUCCGCUCUCCGCUAGCGAGCCGCAAAUAUUGCGAUUUUCGAUCAGAAUACAGUGAAAUAAGUGAUUAGUGUGUGCUUUUCAGUGAAAUUUUGGAAAAAAAAAUUGUGCGUUUCGAAAAUUGAGAACCUUAGAGCAAGGGUACAAAGAAAUUAAUGCCGGCAGCCUAAUAUUUUAAAAAUCCCGCUGUUCAGUUUUCUUCGCCCUGACGGGGGUGUUACUGGUGGACAUUGAGUGUCAAGCUACGUCAUUGGCGGAAAAGUGACAGAGUAUCGCCUGGACCAAUCGGGAGCUUGGAUACCAAAGUUGUGCGCGACUGAGACGCCACCUGUCGCGUGAACACGCCGCGUUCAUUGAAUAACCCGCCCGGACUGUUUUAUUGACGCAAGCGCACUGAGGCCCAACAAAGGGCCGAAAUAAGAACGGUUCGCAAGUGAAUCUGAUGUAUUUAUGUCAUAAAAAUGGUGAAAUCUGUGAAGUGGCGAGUAGAAAUUAGGAUAUUCGACGUGUCGAAUCAUGACCGAGGCAUCUGAAAAUGCCUAUUUGGUGCGGGUGCGAGCACAGGUCAUGUGCCGCGACGAGGGCACCGGGGGCUGGGUGGCGCUCGGCGGCGGCGGGCUCGCUGAUGUUAUGGUCGGGAAGCGAGCCCGCGCCCAUAGGGCCUCAGCUGGGGGCGAGAGUAACGGUGAGAUGGCAGUGCCCGGAACAUCGACAUCCACAGUAGUCGCGGCGAUCGCACCUACGCACGAAUACUUUAUACAUGGGAAGCGCAUCAGUGAUGGCUUGGAAGUCCUAGAAUGCACUAUAAAGAAAGACUUCCAGUAUAACAAGGUGAUGCCCACGUUCCACCACUGGGUGACGGACGAGAAGCGCUUCGGUUUGACCUUCCAGACUGCUGCUGAUGCCAGGGCCUUCGACAAGGGCGUGAGGACUGCUAUCGAAGAACUGCUCGACGGAUUCCUACACGGUUUGGGUGGCGCCUGGCCUUCACUUCAUGCGUACAAAAAACACAACCCAGCGCCGAAAGAAGAGGACGAGGAAUCCAAUAUCUUCGAGUGCCUGAACCUGCCGUGCUCGUCCCGCUCGAGCUCGGAGAACUCGUCGGCGUCCCGGCGCGCGCGGCCGCCCGACGACAUCACGCAGACUCCCAUCCUGUCCGCCAUCACGCUGCCCCGACACCCGCUCGCAGACUCGCUGACUCAGUACGAGACUCAGUUCGAUGAAACCGUGCACGCGGUGGAAGAACCGGAAAUCGAACGGUGUCCCUACGUACAUCUGUCUGCUGUCCACGAGUACACGUACCCCGCAGUGAGUGCGGCCGUCAGCUCCGACAUGGCGUCGCCCAACACCAAGCCGCCGCUACUCAAGCGGGACUCCGGGUCGAUGAAGAAGGGCGGCAGUGGAGGUUACAGCAGUGGUCCCCCGCCAUUGCCGGACAAGAAGCCAGCAGAAGCUACAUUCCAGGCGCGGAUUAAGUGCAGACACUGCCACGAGUGGUACUUGGAGAGCGCGAACCGCGCGGGCGCGUGUGAGUUCGCCCCGGACUGUUUCCGCUCCUGUAUCGACUGCGUCUCCUGCAUCAAGUGCGCGCAGUGCAUGUUGUACCACUGUAUGGCGGACGCGGAGGGAGACUUCGCACUACAUCCCUGCGCCUGCGCACCGCCUGAUGAGGCCUGCGCUAAACGAUGGAUGGGCGUGAGUCUGCUGAGCGUGUUGGUGCCGUGCCUGUGGUGCUACCCGCCGCUGCGCUGCGUGCACGCCGCCGCCCGCCUCGCGCGCUCCGCCGGCGGCAUGCACGCCCCCGCGCCGCGCCCGCCCCGCGCCGCGCCCGCCUAG